UUGUAAAGCAAGGGAAAUCCGAUUUGCCCCCGUUUUCUGUGUGUAAUUACGGACGCUGCCCCUACACUCCAGCAUGUCGGACAUACAAACGUUGAUGGAUAUGGGAUUUGCGAAGGAGAAAGCUGAGCGUGCACUCGAAGUAACAAACAAUAAGGGCGUUGAGCAGGCCAUGGAAUGGUUGCUAGCACACGCCGAUGAACCGUUGCCGCCGAGCACCGGUUCUGCUUCCGAGACGCCUUCCGGCUCCGGAGACGGAAGUGCCGCCGCCGAAGCUCCGUCCGAAACCGCCACACCUGCCACGGAUGAUAGCGCACCGUCCAGCGGUGGCACGGUAGCGAAAUCGCUGAAAUGUGAUGAAUGUGGCAAGCUGUUCAAAUCGCAGGAAGAUGUCGAAUUCCACGCAGCCAAGACACAGCACAGCAGCUUCUCGGAGUCGACGGAAGAGAAGAAACCGCUAACCGAGGAAGAGAAGAAGGCGCAACUGGCGCUGCUGGAAGAAAAGAUGAAACGCAAGCGCCUGGAACGGGAAGAGAACGAAAAGAAGGAGGCGUUGGAGCGGGAGCGAUUGCGGAUCAAGUCCGGCAAGGACAUGCUGGAGGCCCGCCGACGGAUGGAAGAGCAAGAGAUGAAGAAGCUCAUGGAUCAGCGGAAACGCGAAAAGCUCGAAAUGAAACAGGCCCGUGAUCGCGUCCGCCUGCAGAUCGAGGCGGAUCGUGCGGCCCGGAAGGCAAAGGACGCUGGAGAACCUACUGGUGUAUCUCCGACAUCCACUACGGCAAGCCCUCCACCGGCCGCGGCUUCGGCUGCGGAUGUGGCCACGGUGUCUGCAGCGAAACCUGCGGAACCUACGAAGAGCUACUCAACGGCCAAGAUCGCGAUCCGCAUGAUGGACGGAAGUCAGCUGGUGCAAACGUUCCAAGCGGCCGAACAGCUGGCCGCGGUCCGGUUGUUCGUGCAGCUGAAGCUUGGCUCCAGUGACACGCCGUUCGGCUUGAUGACUAAUUUCCCCAAGAAAGUGUUCACCGACGAGGAGUACGAUAUGCCGCUACAGAAGUUGGGCCUCGUGCCAAACGCAGUACUGAUCGUGACUAAAGCUCCGUAGAUGUAGUUAAAUUAUGCUUUGCAUUUAAAAAAUCCCAAAUCAUUUUGGUUGCGAUUCGGUUUUAUGUGAUUUAAAGCGAUAUAAAGAAACGAUCUGGAUGGUCGCAAGCCGGUGAAAGUUUGCGUGUAAUGGCACAUUUAUUACCGAAAUAUUCGAAUACACCA